GCAUCUUUGGUCUGAACAAGGGGAUCCGAUGUCGACGAAUCGGGCCAUGAACAGCUGUCACAAUGAGCCGACAUCUUAGACCUCACCGCGCCCUUUGUCUUCCUUCUCAAGUUGUCCUCCGAUCCGCCCUUCCCCGCACGGCAGAGAUUCAAAGAUGCUAUGCAACCCACAGCGAUCUUGGUCGAGGAUCUAGCGCGAAGGCUGGUGCGACGAGAAAGAGUAUUAACAUACUGUCGGAUGACGGCCGAGUCCGAUGGGAGGAUCUGAGUGGGGGAGAGAAGGUUGCUCGAGCUACGCAGCAAUCGAUUAAUUUUGCGGUUGUGCUGGCUGGGGCUAUCUUGACGGGCGGUGUUUUCUACCUACUCUACCUCGAAGUAUUCUCCCCCAAUAGCAAGACUUGGCAGUUCGAGAAGGCUGUCGAGCGUAUCAAGGACGAUUCCCGGUGUAUCAGUUUACUCGGUGACCGGAGUGAGAUAAAGGCGUAUGGUGAAAGCACCUGGAGCAAAUGGGCACGGAACAGGCCUAUUGCGUCAACGAUUUCAAAGGACGGGCUAGGUCGUGAACACCUACAAAUGAACUUCCAUGUUGAGGGACCCCUUAACUCCGGGGUUGCGUUCGUGCACAUGAUCAAACCCCAGGACAGAUACGAGUGGGAAUACGUACUACUUGCACUGGAUGUGAAAGGCCAUUCUCGCAUUUACCUGGAGCACCAUGAAGAAAGAGUAGCGCCCAAACCAGUGAAGAUCUUUGGUAUCCAGUGGCGGUAGACGUGUUCUCAGCAUAUCUGCAUGCUUCGUACAGAGCCAUCACAUCGGGACUGUUCCUUGGCAAGGGCAAGAGAGCCACAAGCCAGGUCGAUACAUUUAUAUCGGGCCUGGAACCUGGGUCAAGGAAUUAGAUCAUCCAGGAUGACCCCUGUGGAUACCCAGGAUGGAAUGGGCUUUAAUUUAUGCACCGACACACGGCCUGUUAGGUGGCCAAUGGACAAUCAGCGCAACAGCUGAUUGUCUAUGGUGGCAUUCAGGCCGACUUUACGCCAAUUCAGGGCACUAUAGAACCCUAAGUUUAAGGGAUUGCCAAUGAUAGGAAGACCA